AUGAGGUAUCAACUAUUGCUGAGAAGGUACAGUUCAACUCCAUUACUUGAAGAUGUGGGUCAGUAUUUAAAACAUUGCAAGCUAAAGGAAGUCAAUACCAACUCAACCGUUUUUCGUGGGACAUUAUAUGAAUUUCAUGUCAAGCAUUUACUUGAAACUAAAUUACAUGCAAAAAAUAUGAUUCGAUGUGGUGGAUCGAAUGAUAAUGGAAUAGAUAUUAUCGGACAAUGGGACCUUUCUUCGUUUUACCUAAAAUCAUUGACGAUGAAUAGCAUGGGUCAGAAAUUCCACAACUCUUCACUACUUAAUCAUCUUCCUGGAUCUUCUUCCAAACGACCCAUUUCAUUACUGAAUGAUAUACAAUUAGUGGUUCAGUGCAAGAAUACUAAAAAGAAGUUAGGAGCAGCUGAUGUACGACAAUUGUCAGGAAUAUUAGAGUACCACAAAUUCCACAAGAAAAAGACGUUUAUGAUGAUGGUGAGUCCUCAUCCACUUACAACACAAGGCAUCUCGCAAUUGAACAAGUCGUCAUAUCCAAUGAUAAAUCUAGUUGUGUCGCCAUUAAGAAACAAAAUUGACAGCUACGAUUAUGAUAAUUGGGAAGGCGGGGGUUUAUUAUCAGCUUAUUUGAAUCUCACCUCAACGAAAGUACUAAAUGGGUUAAAAAUGGAACAACAGUUACUACAAUUGACAACCUAA